UGAUAUCUUGAUUUCAUCUGUUCUGUUGUAAUUUUACAAUUUUCUGAAAAUUCUUCCAAAGUGAAAAAAUAACAAAGAACAAUAUGGUCUAUAUUCACUUCCCAGCAAAUUUCACUGAAGAAGAGCUAAUGCUCCAAGCAAAAUACGCUAAAUUGAAGAAGAAGAAAAAAGCAUUGACAGCCCUGAAAGCCCCGAAACCCGAGCCCGAAAAACCUGCUACGCCUAAACGACCAACGGAAGCGAGAGAUGCCAGAGAAGUAGCUAAAAAAUUGAUAAAAUCCGGUGCCAUACAGGCAAUAACCAAACAGCAAAAGCAACCCGAGCACGGCUUCAAGAGGCCAAGAGGUUUGGAAAGGAAACUGAUAUCUGAAAAAACCGUAAGUGGUUAUCAACCGUUUUCCGCUAUCCAAAUGGAAGAUGGUCCGGAUAAUCCAGAAAACAAACCACCAAGAAUUAAAAACCUGUACGACAAUUUUGAAAAUACUCGUGAAAGAGAAGAGAGGAGUGUAGUUGAAAAACCUAAGGACAAACCUGAAAAACCAAGAUCUGGCAACACUAUUUAUGUAUCAGGCUACAAAAUUACAGAAGAGUUUUUGAAAAAGCACUUCACAACCAUUGGAAAUAUUAUCAAUAUAUCCAUGGAAAUUGAAAAAAAUCGGGGAUUUAUUACUUUUGACAAAACAGAUGCAGCUGAUAGGGCUAUAGCUGAAAUGGAUGGAAGCAUGGUGUCAGGAAUACAGCUACAAGUGUCUUUAGCCCGAAGGCAACCCCAAAUUGAACCAAUUACUGAGUCUACAUCAUCCGUAGCAUGGACUACCUUAGCCUCAACUAACUCACAAAAAGGGAAUCACAAGGAUAAGAGAGAUUUGGUAUCAUAUGAUGAUAUGUUUGACGAGUAGAAUAAUCUUAAGUAAUUUGUAAGGGUCCCCAGGUUAAUGGGUAGGUAUAAUGCAGACUGCCAGCACCAACAUGUUAUACAGAAGUCCUUUAUAUUUUAUCUGCAGUGUAGUUGAAGUGCCCGGCGCCUCCACCAUGUGUCACGCUUAGGCGAAGCGUUGUUUGUGGUCAGCGGUGCCACCACUUUAACUAAACUUAGCUGCGUUGGUUAAGGGUUUAUCCUGAAAAGAGGUUAUGGGGGGAAAGUAGGAAUUUCACCACUAGUAGUUAAUACAUCUAUUGUUACCCUUUAACCUAUGUGGGAGAUGAUUAAAUAGGGUUUACCAAAAGUAGAUAGCAGUGAAUGCUCUUCCCUGGAGGGCCAUCAUAUAACAUUCCCUUGGAAUGCCUGUCUUUAAGGAAAGCCCUACGUUAUCAAGAAUCGAUCAUUUGUAGCCAAACAGCUCUAUGAAAAUGUACCCUCAAGGAGCUUAGUUUCCAUAGGUCUACAUUAGGGGCGUUGAAUUGGGCUUCUAUAGCAUGUCAUUCACCUUAGGAUCUCAGUCGAACUGUAGGGAUCACCCCAUUUGUGCUAAUGUUCAUUUGCUCGGGAUCACCCCAUUUGUGCUAAUGUUCAUUUGCUCUACCCACCCGAAGUCGCCUUCGGGCGGGAACGUCGGACGACCGAAGUCCGACCGGAGUAUGACCCUCAUCGAAACGAAUGCAGUUGUUGUAGCGCAAAUGGGUACAGCGUUGCCGUUCCCUCUCCAUCUGGCGGGUAUUUAAAAUAGAAAAUAGAAUUCUAUUUCGAUAUUUUUCAAGUAUUGAGUGGGUGUGGUGUUUUGUUUACUUUAAAAAUGGAAAAUUUUAACUUUUAAUAUUUUAUUGGUUAAAUAUUAAUUUAUUUUAACCUUCCAUCGCGAGUUUUAUAACAUCAUUAGUCACGCUGUAUCACAGAGAUACAUAUACUAAAUCAUUGAUAAAAAAAUUGAACCAUCUGAUGAAUUUCGGUUUUACAAUUUCUAUGUAUUGAUUCGGGUACUCAACAAUCAAAGAUAGAACAUUUUCACUGAGAAAGAGAUUCCAGAAGUUGAAUUCUAUUUUCGCUAUCUUAAUGUUUCGAGCGCGCUCGGACUGCUCGGAGUUUACCGAGUGUAAAGCCACUGUGUGCAGAAGCUAGUUUCUGGAUAGGAAUUAGCAAAUAAGCUAUCCAAGUGCUCCUAAAUAGUCGAAGAAGAACAGUCAUUCAGAUUUUUUUCAUUACCAGGAAUCACCUUUUCUACAUUUAA